GGUGUCGCCACCUUCAAGGCCGUCAUAUUGUUUUACACGGGUGAAACGCGCAGAAAAGUGGAAUCAUGAAUUAAAGGUACCUCGAUAAACGAUUUGGUCCAUGUUUCGCGGUAAAGAAGUGUAAAAAGUGUUAUGCUAACCAUAAUUUCCAUCGUUCGAAUUAUAUAGUAGUAGGGAAAGAACGAAUAUUUGUGACGAAGUGUUUCGCUUGUUGCACAGUUGCCAAGGCGACUACGGUGCGUGCGUGUGCGUGUUAAGAAGUGUGCUAUGAAAAGAGAACGAUCAUUGGGACAACGAUUCUACGACUAUCUUCGUACUGACGGCAAUUCCAUGCUUGAAAAACGAACAGGUUGAAGACGGGAAUAUUAUGGACUACCCGGUUUUGGGCCACUACGACCCGUCCGUAGAGGCCACGGCCGAUAGUGGCGGUGAUGAACAAGAAUUACUUUGGGAAGAAACAAAUUAUAUUUUACCUGGUGAUGAAUAUGUACCUGCAACAGAACAAUUUGGAGAAGAUUUUUCAGGGGCUGAAUUUCAUGAAACUCGUACUUUACUUGCAGAUGGGGGGGAUAGAUUUGGAGUUUCUACUGCCACUUUCGAUAAUGUUGAAGAACUUAUGUGGAUGGGAAAUCAAGGGGGUCACGUGACAUCUUAUUAUGGGUCUGGUUUACAAAAAUAUACUUCAUUCCAAGUUCAUGCCACGCAAGAGGUUCGGCAUAUUCAUCCAUUAGAUGAAGGAAUUUUAGUUCUGACACAAAGUUUAUUAAGAUGUCAAUUAAGACGUGGCAUACCAAUAUUUUCACAUACAUCAUCAAAUAUGAUUGAUAUGCAAUGUAUGCUACAAAUCUCACCAACAAGAUUACUUAUGGGGGGACAUCAAGAAAAAAUAAUCGAUUUUAAUUUGACUAGAGGAAAAGAGACUGGAUUAGUACAUGUAGGGGAAAAUGGUUGUGCAAUUUUAAGGCAGCAUAGCAGACUUAUUUGUUGUGGUAAUCCUGUGGGAAGAAUUGAUCUCAGGGAUCCAAAUACAUUAUCAAUAGAACAUACUUUUGAUACCCAUAGUGCAUCUCUCAGUGAUUUUGAUGUUCAAGGAAAUUAUCUUGUUACUUGUGGCUUUAGUAAUAGCCGUCAGGGUCUAUCAGUAGAUAGAUUUUUAAUGGCAUAUGAUUUGAGACAAAUGAGAGCAUUAAGUCCUGUUACAACUUUAGUAUAUCCCCUUCUAUUAAAGUUCCUACCCAGCUAUUCCAGCCGUUUAGCUGUUGUAUCACCAUUGGGACAAAUGCAACUUCUUGAUACUAUCUAUGCUAAUGUACAGCCAGCCAUGACAUGUUUAUAUCAGGUAGCAACUGGUUGUGCAAUGAUAUUAUCAUUUGAUGUAUCUUCUACAUCUCAAUGUCUAUGCUUUGGAGAUUCAGCAGGUUCUAUACAUCUUAUGUCUACAAAUACACCUGAACCCCAAUUUAAUACAUUUUCUCGGCCAACUGAAUUUGCUGAUCCAGUUGAAUCAAUUCAAUCUAUAUCAUUUAAUGAUGAUGUUACACCAUUAAGUACAAUACCUAUUGUAUAUACCGGGCACCCAUUAUUAAGUGAUUGGCCAGAGGAAUAUUUAAAAAAAGUUUAUAGGAAAACACCAUCAAUUGAUCCUGAAAUAUUACGUACGAUGAAGAUGCAAGGAACUAUAGGUUAUGCCCCAAAUCCUCAGGCAUUUCGCAGAAAUCAAAUACCUUACAAUUUGGAAAAACGACGGGGAGUAGUCACAAAGCUUUUCGCGGGGGACUCACGAUCUAAAACAGAUGACGGCACCUUUGUGGCCAUACCUAAGCGUUAUCGUAAAAUCGAGGUGAAAUAUUCACGUCUCGGUUACGAUGAAUUCGAUUUUGAUCAGUAUAAUCGCACCAGCUUCUGCGGUCUUGAAGCCACGCUUCCCAACAGCUAUUGUAACGCUAUGUUGCAGUUACUUUACUUUUGUGAACCUGUGAGAAUAGCGUUGCUUUCUCAUUCGUGCCAAAGAGAAUUCUGCCUGUCUUGUGAGCUAGGAUUCUUGUUUCACAUGUUGGAUACAUCUCGAGGAUUGCCAUGUCAAGCUGCUAAUUUUCUUCGAGCUUUUAGAACAGUACCUGAAGCGGCAGCUUUAGGACUUAUACUCAGUGAUCUCCAUCCGGAAGCGAAAAGGAAAACAAAUUUGGUACGAUUAAUACAGAGUUGGAAUAGAUUUAUAUUGCACCAGAUUCAUUAUGAAGUUUUGGAAACAAGAAAACGACAGAAAGAGGAAGAAGAAGCUGCUCGAUUAAAAUCAGGACCAAAAUGUCCGCCGUUUGUUUAUAAUGAACAGGAUUUUCCUAGCAUUUUGCAAGACAUUGGAUCUCGAUACAGAAGUCAUGCGGAAGAAAGAAAAAAAAGAAGAAAGCAAGAAGGGGAUGGUAAAUAUAUGUGGAUCACAUCGAAAGAUAAAAACAACAAAAAAUCGAUUGAAGAAAAUGAGAUACGAGACGAAGAGACAGAAGUCAGUCGUUUGUUUGGAUCUGAACAAAUGCACAUACAUUGUUGUCUCAAAUGUGGGCAAGAAGCUACGAAACAUUCCAUCAUGUUGCUAUGCAACUUAGUUUAUCCAGAAUUAACACAUCCUUCAGAGGAGAUUCCGUUUACAAGUGUUCUUGCCCGCAGUUUAAGACCUGAGAAAAUUACACCUGCAUGGUGUGAUAAUUGUCAAAAAUUUACACCCACCCUUCAAUCUCGACAAUUAACUAAACUACCUCAAAUAUUGGCUCUGAACUGUGGUUUAGAUACACAACAGGACAAAUCAUUUUGGCAACAGCAAAUGGAUAUAGUCGUUCAAAAAGUAUUAAAUGGAAAAGAAAGUAGUCCAUCUUCAAGUCCUAUUCCUAUUACUGUGAAACCAUGUCGAUAUGGUAACAAUUGUACUCGAAUUGGUUGUAGGUUCCGACAUAUUGGUAGAGAUCCAGAAACAAUAACAACGCCACCAGUUACACCACCUACAACAACUUCAACACCGGUCUCAACAGCCGCAACACCGCCUAGUCAUUUGUACUAUUCUCAUUCAUGGAUUCCACAUAAUAUAGAAAUUUCUUUGGAUAGUAAUGGUGAAUUAUUCGUGGAAAAGAUCAGCAGUUCGAAAAAUGAUUCUAACGAAAGUAGUAAAUCGACUGAUGAUGUCAUAGUAGAAAAUGGACAAGGUGAUAGUAAGAUACAAGAUUCUGAGAUUUCUGGAAAUAAUUCCGAAGACAAAAUGACUGAAAAUCAUGUUAUUGCGGAAUUAGAUGAUGAUGAUAUGGAGAAAGAGAAUAAAAUCGAUGAUAAUCUAAAUAAAAUAAGCAAAAUUCAAUACAGUCUUAAUGCUGUUGUUUGUUACAUCGAUGACAAGAGUAACGAAGAUAGAAGAAACAUUGUUGCAUUAUUGCGAGUUGGACCAAAUUAUCAUGAACGAUCAGUAGGCAGUGCAGUAUCGCAAUGGUACAUUUUUAAUGAUUUUUGUAUAUCUGCAGUGACACCGCAAGAAGCGGUUUGGUUUAAUCUUGAUUGGAAAGUUCCAUGUGUUCUUCAUUAUACGGCUGUGCCAGCUCCCGAACCAGUACCGUUUGUCAGUCCUCUUACCUAUGAUGUAUUUGGUGAAGAUAAGUGCAUUGCUCGCAGUGGAGGAACAAGGGGUAUUACAUUCACUCCAUUGAGUUCCGACGAAAUGCCUAAAAAAGGAGAAUUAGUUGGAAUUGAUGCAGAAUUUGUAACUUUAAAUCAGGAGGAAGCUGAGCUUCGAAGCGAUGGAAAAAUGUCUACUAUUAAACCAAGUCAUAUGUCUGUUGCACGUAUAACUUGUAUACGUGGUCAAGGUCCAUUAGAGGGAACUCCCUUCAUAGAUGACUAUAUAAGUACUCAGGAACAGGUAGUAGAUUAUCUGACAAAAUUCAGUGGAAUUCAGCCUGGUGACUUGGAUGCGAACUUCAGUAGCAAACAUUUAACUACUCUGAAGUCAACAUACCAAAAAUUACGAUUUCUCGUUGAUAAUGGAAUUAUGUUUGUUGGACAUGGCUUGAAGAAUGAUUUUAGGGUAAUAAAUUUAGUCGUACCAUCCGAGCAAAUUGUAGAUACAGUAUUGUUAUUUCAUUUACCUCAUCAUCGUAUGGUGUCAUUGCGUUUUCUUACAUGGCAUUUUUUGGGGAAAAAAAUUCAAUCAGAAACACAUGAUUCUACUGAAGAUGCUAGAGCUGCUCUUGAAUUAUAUCGCAAGUACAAAGAAUUGGAGAGUUCUGGAAAACUCUCUGAAUCGUUAAAAGAGCUUUAUAAAGUUGGCAAUCAAUUACAAUGGAAAGUUCCGGAUAGCUGAUAUGAGGAUGAUCCUCAGGAGGAAGUGCAUGAUUUAAUAACGUCAUGUAACGACAAUGAAGUUUAAACGAUGGUUUUGAAGUAUAGCCGUAAAUUAAUUAAAACUAAACUUCAAAAGAUAUCGUUUAUACUUACAAAAAAAUCAUACAUUUCUCCUGUUUAAAAAAGAGUUCAAUCAUUCGUACACAAAAAUUAGGGAAAUUCCAAGAGUAAAUGUGAUGAUGAUGUCGCGAGUGUUAAUGAUUAAGGGUACAACUAGAAUACAUUGCCAUUCGUAUUUAGUAUUUUUUAACCUCACGACAUCGGUACGUGAGAUCGUUGGAUCACGUAAACGUAACUCAAUUAUUGUCCCUGGAUUAUAAAUCUUUAUUUUGUCUUUAUCAAGGAUUGAGAUCGUUACAAAUUAUCAAACAAAAGC